AUGAAAUACGCCUUGAAAAAAAAUAUAUGGCCUUAUUUUGGGCUCAUAUUUCUUGUAUUAGUUAUAUUAUUGAUUUAUAACAAAACAUUCCUUAUUCAAGGAGCUUAUCCUCUUAUUAACCCAAAUUUCAGAGAACUAAAUAAUUCAAAUCGCAUAAACAAUUUAAAUUGUACUACCCUUGGCUUUAGUCAUAUUUAUGUUAUUAAUCUUGAAUAUAGAAUAGAUAGAUAUAGGAAAAUGAAGGUCCUGGGAAAUUAUCUUCAUCUGAAUCUCGAUAUUAUUAAGGCCGUUAAUAAAUAUGAUAGGGUAGCAAUUAGUAAACUUAACAAGAGUGGUUUAAGCGCAGGUGUUAAGGCUUGUUAUUUAAGUCAUUAUUCAAUCUUCGAAUCAAUUGUCAAGAAUGGAUAUGAAAAUGGUUUAAUUUUUGAAGAUGAUAUAGAUAUAGAAAUUAACAUCACUAAUAUUAUGACUGAAGUUUAUCGUAAAUUACCUAGUGACUGGGAUAUGCUGUACCUCGGUCAUUGCUCAGAGCGGGGUAGUUACAUCGAAACUGGGUUAACUAUUCAUGUAUUAUAUAAAUCGGAACAUCCGAAGUGUACACACGCUUAUGCUGUUUCAGCUAAGGGUGCUAAAAAGUUAUUGGAAAAACUUAAUAUAAUUGACCCAUAUUAUCAUCUUGAUAUGCAGAUAGUCGAUCUUAUUAUGGCCGGAGAAAUCAUUAGCUAUUCAAUUCAUCCACCGAUAGUCGUUCAGUUUAAAGGUGUGACCGACCUAUCAGAUGUAUCUCCUGGUAUAGAAGGUGGGACCGAUCCUUUAAUGAACUCUACCUUGCGUAUUCUUGGCUAUGACCCAGAUGGCCCAAAUUCAUAA